CACACUCGCAAAGUCUCACAUAAACACACACACACACACUCCCACACGCACAUACACAGCUGUUGAAAUCUCUUGCGCGGUUUGAGAAACCCAGGGCAGAACGUGUCGCUGUGGAAACUUGAAGGACCGAAACUGCAGUCUAUCCCGGUUUUUUCAGCGCCAAAUAGGAUGUAUUGGAAAAGCAACUGAACCGACCGGUUUCGGGGGCUUCCUCUGUUUUGCCUCUGAGAUUAAUUUGGGAUUCUUGGUUAAAGAAAGAACAACAAUGUGUAUUUAUUGGGGAUUUUCACUGUCAGGUUUAUGAAAUUGCUGCCAUCGAGGAGUUCACAGGUGAAGAGUAGAGCCAGCAGACAGGAGUAGUGAUGAGCGGAGACAUUCGUCAGGAGGUGGUGACCACCCCUCCCCCCUCUGGAACGGGCCAGAAGGAGCGCUACUUUGACCGCAUCGACGAGAACGACCCGGAAUACCGGCGGAUCCGAAACAUGUCCCCAGACCUGCGGCAGGACUUUAACAUGAUGGAACAGAAAAAGAGGGUCACGCAGAUCCUGCAGAGUCCGGCGUUCAGGGACGAGUUGGAAGGCUUGAUCCAGGAGCAGAUGAACAAGGGGAAUGACCCAUCCGGACUGCUCGCUCUGAGACAGAUCGCAGACUUCUUCAUGGCCAGCUCAGUGGCCGGCUUCUCCCCCUCCUCCCUCAGUCUGGGUAUGGUCACUCCCAUUAACGACAUGUACGGGGUGGAGUCCACCAAUCUGGUGAAAGGCGAGAAACAGACGCGUUGCAAACUGGCCAGCGUCUACAGACUGGUGGACCUGUUCAGCUGGGCUCACUACUCCACCAACUACAUCACUGUGCGAGUCAGUAAAGAGCAAGACCACAUUCUCAUUAUGCCCAAAGGACUGUCCUUCGCCGAAGCCUCUGCGUCCAACCUGGUGAAGGUGAACAUUAUUGGUGACGUGGUGGACCAGGGCUCCACUAACCUGGCCAUCGACCGUGUCGGCUUCAGCCCCCAUGCCGCCAUCUACUCCAUCAGACCCGACGUUCGCUGCAUCAUUCACGUCCGCACUCCCGCAGUCGCUGCUGUGUCUUCCAUGAAAUGUGGCAUCCUUCCCAUUUCCCAGGAGGCUCUGAUACUGGGAGACGUCGCCUACUAUAAUUACCAGGGCUGUCUUGAUGAUCCAGACGAGCGGAUUGAGCUCCAGAAGGCCUUGGGCCCGUCUGCCAAGUUGCUGGUUUUGAGGAACCACGGUGUGGUGGCAUUAGGAGAAACUAUUGAGGAGGCCUUUGACUACGUUUACAGUGCUCAGUUUGCGUGUGAAAUCCAGGUAAAAGCCUUUUCUUGUGCAGGCGGCGUUGAUAACCUGAUCGUGUUGGAUUUUGAGAAGUUUAAGGAACGGACCAACGGUGUUGCCGUGGAGGGCGUCAGUAUGGGCGUGGCACAGAAGUUCAAACAGGGAGAGCUGCAGUUUGAGGCCCUUAUGAGGAUGCUGGAUAAUCUGGGCUACAGGACAGGCUACGCCUACCGUCAUCCCAUCAUCCGUGAGAAACCACGUCACAAGAGCGAAGUCGAGAUCCCGGCCACCGUGACGGCAUUCACGUUCGACGAGGAUGAGGUAGCCCACCGUUUCCCGUUUAAGUUCCUGCAACAGCGACAGCAGAGAGAGAAAACUCGCUGGCUCAACUCGCCCAACAGUUAUACAAAGGUCAAAGAGAGUGGGGCCGCAGAAGACAACUUCCCACGCACUAAGACAACGUGGAUGAAAUCAGAAGAUGCCAGUAACAGUAGUGGCACGCCCAUUCGCAUCGAAGACCCCAAUCAGUUUGUCCCGCUCAACACCAACCCCAGUGAGGUGAUGGCAAGGAGAAAUAAGAUCAGAGAACAGAACCGCUUUGACCUAACGACGGCCGGGCCACAGUCUCAUCUCCUGGCCGGGAUCGUGGUGGAGAGACAGCCCCCGUACACAGGGACAGAUGAGGAGCAGACGGGCCCACUGCCACCCAACCCUUUCACAGAGCUGGCUGAGAGAGAGGAAAACAAGAACAAGAUGGAGCACCAUCACCUUGGCUUGGACGAUGGCGAUCAGGAGCAACUAACCUCCGACGACGGUUCCACACUCUCACAGUCUCUGUCACAAACUCAGUCUCCACAAAUAACCCCAGCUAAAGAAGGGAACCACACGGCGGUGCUGCUCAACGGUAAAGACGAGCAUGAGGAGGAGGAGCUGAGCAAACGCGUGAGUCAGCUGACCACCAGCGUGGAGAGCGUGGAGAUCACGGUCAAGGCCGGGGAGAAGAUCGAGGAGGCGCUGUCCACCGAGAGCUCCCCCUCCAAAUCUCCCAACAAGAAGAAGAAGAAGUUCCGAACCCCGUCCUUCCUAAAGAAGAAUAAAAAGAAAGAGAAGGCGGAGGCCUAGGGCGGAACAGGUCACGGCCGCUCUGACUGUCUGUCUGUUUUGUCCGUUUUUUUUUUUGGUCCU